UGCGCAGGCGCAUCCGUCCGGACUACGGGGCGCUGCUGAAACAAGUGAGCGAAAGGGGCACGGUCUCGCGCCCGGGUCACGUGACACGGAGGGCCUGAAUUCGCCUGGAGUCAGCGCCAUUUCUUGUAGGUGAAUGCACUACCCUUUCUCCCUUAGGUCAUGGAGACCCCUGCGGCAGCUGCCGCUGCCGGGAGCUUCUUCCCUGCCUUCCUGCUCCUGGCCUGCGGGACGCUGGUGGCCGCCUUGCUGGGCGCCGCCCACCGCCUGGGGCUCUUUUAUCAGCUGAUGCACAAGGUGGACAAGGCAAGCGUUCGGCAUGGUGGGGAGAACGUGGCGGCUGUGCUUAAGGCCCAUGGCGUGCGGUUUAUAUUUACACUGGUUGGUGGGCAUAUUUCCCCACUGCUGGUGGCCUGUGAGAAGCUGGGCAUUCGUGUGGUAGACACACGUCAUGAGGUCACGGCUGUCUUUGCUGCUGAUGCUGUAGCUCGCCUGACCGGGACAGUAGGCGUGGCGGCAGUGACGGCAGGCCCCGGCCUCACCAACACAGUGACUGCAGUGAAGAAUGCCCAGAUAGCCCAAUCCCCGGUCCUGCUUCUGGGUGGAGCCUCUGGCACUCUGCUGCAGAACCGGGGUGCACUCCAGGCCAUUGAUCAGAUGUCCCUGUUCCGGCCGCUCUGCAAAUUCUGUGCAUCUGUGCGGAGGGUGCGGGACAUCGUGCCCACCCUGAGGGCCGCGAUGGCUGCUGCCCAGUCGGGCACCCCAGGACCAGUGUUUGUGGAGCUGCCCAUUGAUGUGCUGUACCCCUUCUUCAUGGUCCAGAAGGAGAUGGUGGCAGCCAAGCCGCCCAAGGGCCUCGUGGCCCGAGGGGUUGCCUGGUACUUAGAGAAUCACUUGGCCAACCUCUUUGCGGGGGCCUGGGAGCCUCAGCCUGAGGGACCCCUGCCCCUGGACAUCCCUCAGGCAUCUCUCCAGCAGGUUCAGCGCUGUAUAGAGAUCUUGAGCCGGGCCAAGAGGCCCCUGAUGGUACUAGGGAGCCAAGCCCUGCUGUCCCCGACACCUGCCGUCAAGCUCCGGGCUGCCGUGGAGACCCUGGGUGUCCCCUGCUUUCUAGGUGGGAUGGCACGGGGGCUGCUGGGCCGCAACCACCCCCUCCACAUCCGGCAGAACCGCAGUGCUGCCCUGAAGAAGGCAGAUGUCGUUGUCCUGGCAGGAAUUGUGUGUGACUUCCGCAUGUCCUAUGGCCGUGUCCUCAGCCGUAGCAGCAAGAUCAUCACCGUCAAUCGUAACCGGGAAGAGAUGUUGCUCAACUCAGACGUUUUCUGGAAGCCCCAGGAGGCUGUGCAGGGAGAUGUAGGCUCCUUCGUGCUGAAACUGAUGGAAGGCCUUCGGGGCCAGACAUGGGCCUCAGACUGGGUGGAGGAACUGAGGGAAGCUGACCGGCAGAAGGAGCAGACCUUUCGGGAGAAGGCAGCGAUGCCUGUGGCCCAGCACCUGAACCCAGUGCAGGUGCUGCAGCUGGUGGAGGAAAGUCUGCCUGACAACUCGAUUUUGGUGGUGGAUGGCGGGGACUUUGUGGGCACUGCCGCCCACUUGGUACAGCCCCGUGGUCCCCUGUGCUGGCUCGAUCCUGGGGCCUUUGGGACUCUGGGAGUUGGUGCUGGAUUUGCACUUGGGGCCAAGCUGUGCCGGCCAGAUGCCGAGGUCUGGUGCCUAUUUGGUGAUGGAGCCUUUGGAUAUAGCCUCAUUGAAUUUGACACAUUUGUCAGACACAAGAUUCCAGUGGUGGCCUUGAUAGGGAAUGAUGCAGGCUGGACCCAGAUUUCUCGGGAGCAGGUGCCCAGCCUGGGCAGCAAUGUGGCCUGUGGCCUGGCCUAUACUGAUUACCACAAAGCAGCCAUGGGUCUUGGAGCCCGGGGCUUGCUGCUGUCACGGGAGAAUGAGGAUCAGGUAGUCAAGGUGCUACGUGAUGCCCAGCAGCAGUGCCGGGAUGGCCAUCCAGUCGUAGUCAAUAUCCUCAUUGGGAAGACGGACUUCCGUGAUGGUUCCAUUGCUGUAUAGGGCCUUGUGGGCCAGUAUGAUUGGCUGCCUUCCUACUCUCUCAGACUGUGCCCAGCUGCUUUGGAGACUCAUUAUUGCCUGCCCUGGGCUUAUCUCUUGAGACACAAUGACUCCACAACCUUCCCUGAGGAAGAAUUUGAAGGGUCAAAGCUCAGAGAGGCUCCCUGGCAUCCUGGGAGAGCUUUUGGGCCUUUCUCUCUAUGGGCCCAGCUGUGCCCUUUGUCCUCUCUUACAGACUGAAUAAACCACCUCUGGCCCAUGUGGGUCCAAAUACUCA